UAAUGGUGUUUUUUGGUGUUCUUAGAAAUACAAACUUGUUUUAUUGAUCAAUUCCACUGCCUAGCAGUGCUUGGCUGCAGAUAAGAUAACCUAGAAGGGCUCCGGUAUAGAUAAUAUUGGUAUGAAUUGGCUAGGAGGGCAAGUACAAGACACGCUCAGAGAGCUCAGAAGGCGAAACAAUGGUAAGACCCAGCUCCAAGAUGUAGCCACGCUCAUGGAUGACAACUUGUACGAGAGAGACGUUCUGAUAGCAGCCAAGGUCAUGACAACUUCGCCUUAUGUCACAACUAGAGUACAAGCGAUCAAGGAUCUGGGACAUAUAGCGUGGUCUGGAGGACCUCCUAUUGCCAAGUUCGCUGGUAGCUACUUAGUGAACCUGAUGUCCAUUGCAAGUGAUGUGUCAAUGCCCAUGUCCAUGAGAUUGGCAGCAACUCAGGCCAUUGGUAAUAUCUGCAGUUCCAGCAAAGACGCAAAAGACCGAACAAGUACAAUGGGAAUGGUUGAAGUGCUGUGCGAAAUACUACAAGAAAGCGGACCUGAACACUCCGCCUUGCGGAAAAACGCUGUGCAAAGUCUGCUUAUUGUCCUGUGCGACAACCGAGAGAAUCAGACAAGUGCUGUCCAGUACAAGGGGUUGAAGGAAACGUUGAGUCGUAUCAGCGAGGAGGACUGGACCGCUUGGUCCCUUAACGAGGCAGAGAGACUGGGCUCCUUCCUUGGCUUCGACAGGGAAAUGAACUGACAUCAUACGGUAUUUGAUGUACCGUGGUCACCAAGUACUGUGGUUAUACCGGUAAUGUUAUUCGAUAUGUAAGUUGGUGCCCAUAGAAUAUUCAUUGAUCGUAAUUAUGUAUAUAAUUAUUUUAUAAGAAAAUAAAGGUGUUAAGUGAUAAAAAAA